CUCGGGGCGCUCCCCGGGGGCUCGGCCUGCAGGGGCGGGGUCGGCGCGUUGCGGAGCCGCCGAGUCUGGUCUGGGUCGGACGCAGCCGGCCGCACCAUGCGGGCCCCGCUCGGCGCCGCGCUCGCGCUCCUCGCGCUGCUCUGCGGGGCCGCUGCGGAUCCUGCCCCCCUGUCCCGUGGAGACUCGGCUGGGAGCACAGGCUGCGCCAGGGACCAGGCUGUCCAAGACCGGUUAGAUGUCCUGGAGGAGGAGGUGCUCCAGGCCGUGCCUGCGAGGCGGCUCAGCCCUCCUGUGCUCUCGGCCCUGCCCCGCCAGACUGUAGAGAAGACCGUGGAGCAGCUGGAAGCGGAAGUGAAGGAUCUGCUGGGCCUGCUGGAGGCGCUCUGGCCGCUGGCCCCUGCCCUGGGCCCGGCCCCGGACCUCCUUGGAGGCGGAGAGCAGUUCAGGCCUCUUUUCAGUGCGGGCGGGGAGGAGGGGCCGGGCAGCGGGGAGUGACGCCCUCCCUGCCCCGCCGCCUCGGGCCCCACCGUGAAGACGGCUUCUGUGCCCGACCUCCCGAGGGAGGUUUGGGCCCCCCACCCUGAAAGACGCUGCAGCGGGGCCGGCCUGCGUGACCACCAUGGGCAGCGCUGCCGCUGGCACUUGGCAGGAGGCUGGAGACUCAGAUCCAUGGAUCUGUCCCGAAUCGACACGCUGCUGGGGUCGCCGGGUCCACAGAACCCGCCCCCUGGACCCAGCUUCACCCUCAAGGCUCCUCCAGCGGUUGUGGCACCCGAUGUGACCACCCCGCCAACCCUGUCCCCGGCCCGGCCCCUCCCCGCGACGACUCCUGGGCCCUGCUGGUUCUGCACCUCAUAAACAUGUCACAGACACCAGCCUUUGCCUUUC